AUGGGCACAAAUGGACAGCCAGUGGGAGGGGACAGCAUGGAUGAAGAUCUGGAAGUUGACAAAAGUAGUGGGGAGGAAGAAGAUUCAAGCAGUGAGGAUGGGCAGGAAAUCAGCGACAAAGACAUUGAUGAAAUAAUGGCCCUGGAGGCUGCUCUCAAGGAGAAUCCAAAUGCAUACGACACCCAUGUCAAGUACAUCAACAAACUGAAGGAAUGCAAAUUGAGGCCAAAGGCCAGGGCUGCGCGGCAUGCGAUGCAGAAGCUGUUUCCUUUGACAGAGGCCCUCUGGGUGGAGUGGCUGGCAGAUGAGAUCGAGGAGGCGAACAGUAUGCAGGAUGCAGAGUCCAUAACGAAGCUGUUCGAGCUUGCUGUUGAAGAUUACCUGUCUGUGGACAUGUGGAAGCAGUUCUUGGACUUCCUGGUGAAUGCACACCCACAAAUCGCGCAGAUGGCGCCUGAAGGGGUGACUCUGUUUCGAGCCACCGCGGACCGUGCGCUGGCGGCCUGUGGCCUGCAUCUUGGCCGAGGCUGGGAGAUCUGGGAUGCCGUGCUGCAGUAUGAGCAGUGCCAUGAGCGGUCAAUGAAGGAUGGGAAGGAGCGCGAAGCGCAGAGGGAUCGCAUCAGAUCCCUUUUUCAUCGUGUGCUGGCAGUCCCUCUGUUGACUGGUCGGACGCAAAAGCCAGGUGUCCCUCGGGGGACUGAGCGAAAGCACAUGGAGGCGUAUGAGCAGUGGGAGAAGGACGUAGGCGGCAGGGAGGUGCCGGCCCGUGUGUAUCGGUCCCUGGAGAAGGCGCAGAUGAUGGUGGAUAUUCGGAGGAGCUUUGAGGAGAGGGUUGGUGAGAAUCAAACUGCGGAUGCAGAGCUGCUGGCAUCGUACUUGGCGUACAUCAAGAUCGAAGAAACCAAUGGAGACCCAGCAAGGGUUCAGUGCAUUUAUGAAAGGGCCUUGGCUGUGUUUCCUGUCACGCACAGCUUGUGGCUCUCAUACGGGGCCUACCUGGAUAAACACAUCAAGACGGGCCCGGUGCUGAAGUCUGUGUAUCUACGGGCUGUGCGAAACUGCCCAUGGGUGGGUGAGUUGUGGGGCCAGUCCCUGAGGACCUUGGAGCGAAUGGGCACCUCAGACGAGGAGUUCGAUGGGCUAUAUCAACAGGCCUUGCAGACUGGCCUUCAAGGGGUUGAGGACUACUUGACGGUAAUACUGACAAGGAUCGACAGGGCGCGCAGGUUGUGUGCUGGGAACAUGGACAAACUCAGGCAGGUGUUUUCUGAUGCAGCUCAGUUGCUGGGACAGUAUUUUCCCCAGUGGGUGGACAGAGAUCUGCGAUUGGUGGCAUACUGGGCAGACUGUGAGUUGACUAUAGGUGGGGAUGUUGAACGCGCAAGGGAAGUGUACGAGAUGGCCCUGAAGACAUGUGCUGGAGGUGUGAUUGAACUGUGGAAGUCCUAUGUCAUGAUGGAGUUGGGAAACGGCAACAUAGCUGAGGCACGGAGGUUGUAUCAGCGAGGGCACAGCAAGAUCGUCGAGCAGGAUGCAAGGGCCAGGUUCUGUCUUGACUGGCUGAGGUUCGAGAGGGAGAGGGGGAGUGCAGAAGAGUACUGCCAUGUGCACCAAAAGGUGGCACCGAUCAUCGAAGCAGCUACAGCAGCCCAGUACUCGAUGCACAAUCAACAGCAGGCGGAAAUCUCGGAGAACGCCCUCCAGAAGACCCCCAAGCUGACUAAAAAGGAGAAGAAUCAACUGAAACGGGAGGGGCAGCCACCAGGCGAGUGGACAAGGGACCACCAAGCGGCCAAGAAACGGAAGGUGGAGCACAAGAAGGACGACUCCAGCUUGAUGCCACCUCCACCCCCACGUAAACCACAAGGUACCAAACAAAGUGAAAACGGUGCCGCUGCUGCAAUGGCGAAAGGCGCUCUGUGCCCAGAGUCAAAUCACAACCCCAUGGAGAAGCCAGUCAGUGACAUGCAUCACGAGGCUUCCAAGCAUGCAGCUCCACUCUACUCUGACAACCUGACGGUGUAUGUGCGUGGCAUCACCCUGGACACGGAAGAUUCGCAGCUGGAGGAAUUGUUCAAGCCCUGUGGUGGCUUGAAGGAAGUUCGGCACAUGAGGAACCCCAGCGGCACCUCCCGUGGAUAUGCCUAUGUCGAGUUUGAAUCGAAGGAGGGAGCCGACAAGGCAGUCGAACUUGGCGGGACUAUGCUCAACGGCCGGGCUCUUUUCGUAGCAAUGUCCAAGCCCACAAAAGGACCGAACGCUGUCAGAGGGGGAUUUAGAGGAGGCGGCCCAGGGAGGGGCGACCAUGAUAUGAGUAGGGGGAGGGCAAGGGGUCGAGGCCGCGUGGGCGGCCGCUUCUCUAGCCAUGAUGGGCGUGGCCGGGGACGAGGCCAUGGCCGUGGUUGGUUGCAAGGGGGGGGGCAGGAGCAGGAGUCGGUUGAUGAUGGCAAACCAAAAACGAACGAAGAGCUGAGGAAGAUGCUGCUCGGAUGA